AUGUUGUGGCUCACCUUCACGGCCACCAGCCACGCCCCGUCGAGGCCAGGAGCCCUCGAUCUUCGUCGUGAUGGUGGAGCAGGUGCCGUCGAGAGCUGGAACCUCUCGGUGCGCUUCCGGCGCGAGCGCUUCUCGGCGUGGAGAGGGCCAGAUGGUUACAGGGAGUGCAAGGACCGUCAGUCUCAUUCCUUUUUCUGCCUCUUUCCGAAUGUGGUGCUGCCGACGUGCACAGCCCUCCAGUGUGGGGACUGCGCGCCGUGCCCGGAGCUCGGGCUGGGCUCGCUCCUCUGGUUGGGCGCGGGCAUCGGGCUCGCGAGCGCCGCGACUGGCGCUGCGGCGGGCUGCGCCUUCGGCGCGGUGGCGUGCAGCCUCUGGCCGCGGCCGGCGCCGAGCGGGCUCGCUGCGUGGGCCGGCGGGACGCAAACGCUCGACGCCAAGUAUGCGCAGGUGCUCGUCCCCUACCCCGACGACGAGAACGGGUUGGCGUGGCAUCAUCGUGUGCUUCUGAAUCACAUCGCUGCUGGCCGUUGGGCGUGCCCCGCUCCUGAUCUGCAGCUCCAGAUCCACGACCACAACGAGCAGCGGCGCAAAGUUUUGUCAAGACGCGCGCCGUUUCCUGCCAAUGUGGCGGCCGCGUCUUACGCGUUCGACGUCGACAGAGUCACAGGCCCUCAGCUCGAGGAGGUCGUGGCGCAGGCGAAGGUGCAGGCCGUCAUCCUUGCCGAAGGCGGCUUCGGCGAUUCCGAGGUCGAGCGGCGGGUCGUCUACCAGGUGGGCGAUGAGCACUUCGGCAAGGAAGUGCCCGACGACGUGCUGGUCGACGGGCUGCGGUUCGUCUCGUUCGGGUCUCUCGGCGCGGUCGAUCGGCUCGGGGCGAAGCGUUUCGUGGAGCAGGUCAGAGAGGACAAGCUCGACGAGUGGAAGGAGAUGUUCGAGCAGAGCGAGGGCGACUCGAGGACCCGGGGGAUCCGUCGCAAGAGGGGGGAGCGCAACCUGGCGAUUUCGGACGCGGAGGAGCCCUUCACGGAGGAGACGUUCGAGGACUGGCCGUUCCCUCCCCCGCGCGCGACCAAGGAGUGCUUGGAGGCCGUGCGGGAUGGGCCUGGUUCGAUGGAGAGCGGCGUCAGCGACGGCGCUGCGGCCCUCCACGAGCUCCGCGACAACGCAGAGGCGCAGCGGCAGGCUCAUCAGGUGGAUCAGCUCAAUGCGCCCAACCUGGAGCGUUUCAAGCAGCUGGUGCACAGGCAGAUCCACAUCGAUAUGGCUGCGGAGACGAAUGCGAAGCAUCCAGACUACGCAGGCCUGGACCCGGUCAUGGGCGGCCCAAAUGCGGAGAGCGGCGCCGCCGCGCGCGAGAGCGUCGGGGACUAG